AUGUCUGUAUACUGCCGCGUGGCCCACCCGCACCUUCUGCUGAAGGCCCUGGCCGUUCUCACUAUGGCGAAGGAUUCGUGGGUUACCGUGGCUUUUACGGAAAGUAUUGUUGUGCUGCAUGUCGAGGGAACUGAUCAGAGCAUCACUGCCACCGCCACCCUCCCCAAGGCGAUUUUCUCCGAGUACUCGGCGAAGGAUGUGUGUUUCUCCGUGCACCUCGCCACUCUGCGCGACGCGCUUCUACUCGGCGGACCCGCCUUGUUAGCCCCUGUCGGGUUGGCGCGCAUUGUUUUGGCAUACCCGAUGAGUGACGCCAGGCUGCUCGUUGAGCUGACGGAUGGGGACUGCACUCUGCAGUCGACCCUUGCCACACGGCCGGUGAAGGAGCGGUUGCUGGACCUUCGCUUCGGAGAGGCCCAAGUAAUGAAUCAGAUGGUGCUGCUGGGCGAUGCGGCACGCGAUGCUAUUGAGGACCUGGUUGUGGCGCAGUGCCCCCAUGCGGUGGUUGUGCUGGACCCUGAUAUUGGCGUUACGCUCCGCGGUGAGGGCGGCCCCUACGGCGCGGUGACGGUGCAGUUGCGGCGUUCCUCGGAGGUGAUUUUGUCGGCACUCGAAGGGGGCACGCGCGCCCACACCCGUGUUCUCCGGUCGCACCUUGCACUCGCCUGCGGGGUGCGCCCCGGCGGCAAACUGUGGCGUGCGGCUGGUGCGGUGGCGGACACCGUGCCGGGGUUGCAAGGUGCUUCCAGCGGUGCCGCGCAACCGGCAUUUGGUGGGUUUGAGCGGCUUAUGUUUCAGGUGAACGAGGAGCGUCAGCUCUGUGUGGUGCACAUGCCGCGGGAUCACGGCGUUUCUGUGAAUGUGACUGUUGUUGUGUCUCCUCUUUGUGGUUUGUAUGACGAGUGA